AUGGACAGCGUCAACUUCGACAUCAACGAUGCGCUCAAGCAUUAUAUGAGCGAUCCUGCCGGAAUCCCGACGCCCGAGGCCGACAGCGCGCUCCUUGACUGCGAGAAUGACCCCGACUCGCUGACCGAUAACGCUGUGAUCAACGCGGUCCUGAACCCCAUCGUGGACGCUGUGGCCGAGAACCCAGAUGCCAUCACACGUAGCAGCAUCUUUGACUCGCUGCAGUUUCUUCUAAAGUGUGCACCCAUCUCCUCUGUUCCCCUCACACCAUCCGAUAGAGACACGCCGAUGCUGGCAGACCACACACACAACCCUGCCCAGCCCGCGCGUGCUCUGGGUUCUGGCGCCGCAGACCGUCUUUUAAGCGAUCCUGAUUCUGAGCUGUUCAAACAAUCCAGGUACACCUCCUUCCUCUCGGCGCACGCUCUGAGCAAGAUCUUUGACCUGAUCACAUCCGGGCUGGCCGCCGAGGCCGACGUCAUCCACCAUGACCUCGAGUCGGACGAGCAAGAGCUCAUCGCGCACCACAAGCAGCUCCUCGAGAUGUACGGCUUUCUGUUGCAGUGGACCAUUGCCGCCGUGGAGACCAAGGCUGCCGAGAAGUCGUCGACAACGGUGCCCACGAGGGGUCGCGGGAAGCCCAAGAGCAGGAAGGAUCUCGGCAAAGACGGGACGUGGGAUUCGACUGCACAGUUGGAAACCGCACUGAACACAAUGUGCAAGGUGCUGAGGUUAAAACUGGCCAAGAUUUUCCUGACGACGUCGGAGCGCGACACUUUCAUCGGACUGCUCACCCGCCCCGUGUACAUGAUCCUCGAGAGCGAGCAGCGCGUCAAGAGCACCAGCAUUCGGAUGCACGUCUUCAAAGUGCUCUGCAUCGCCGUCAAGCACCAUGGACACGGAUACGGUGGGUUCGCUCAAUACGAUUACCCACAACUGGCGGAUGAAAUCUUGCGAGAACUCAGCAACAAGGAGUUCAACAGCAAUGACACCAAGGGGCCAAAGUCUGUUUCGGCCUUCAUGGUUAGACUGUCUGAGUUGGCCCCUAGGUUGGUCAUCAAGCAGGUUACCCUGUUGGCGAAGCAGCUGGAUAGUGAGUCGUACACCUUGCGCUGCGCCCUGAUUGAGGUUUUUGGCAACAUGCUCGCCCACCUCAGCAAAUCGGAGGAGCGAGGCGAGAACCACAAGUCGCAGAUGAACGCGUUCUUUGACGUGCUCGAAGAGCGUUUCCUCGACAUCAAUCCGUAUUGUCGGUGCAGAACAAUCCAGGUCUAUAUCAAGCUCUGCGAGCUGGAACAAAAGUUCCCGAAGCGGAGGCAACGGGCGGCCGAACUGGCCUGCCGUAGCCUCGAGGACAAGAGCAGCCACGUCAGGAGGAAUGCCAUCAAGUUGCUUGCCACCCUGAUUCGCACACAUCCCUUCACUGCCCUUCAUGGCGCACAGCUCGCGAGGAAGGACUGGCAGGAGCGCCUGGACAAGGUCGAUGCAGAGCUCAACGCCCUGAAGCCGCCUGUUGAUGCACCAGGUCUCGACGGCAACAAUGGAAACACGACGGUAGAUCAGGGCUUGCUUGACGAUGCCACCCAAAUCGAGUCCCCGAGAAAGCAGGCUGCCGAAAUGACCGAGGAGGAAAAGAUGGCCGCCAUACAGAAAGCUCAAGAGGAAGCAGCUACCUCCGAGGCAAUCGAGAAGCUCACCCUCACCAAGCGGUACUACACCGAAGCGCUGAAGUUCAUUGACGUUCUUCAUGAGGCGACUGGGAUAAUAUGCCAGCUCCUCGGCUCCAGGAAUAAGAGCGAAGUCAUCGAAGCCAUGGACUACUUCGAAAUCGGCGACGCAUACAAUAUCGAGCAAAACAAGGUCGGCAUUCGCCGCAUGCUUCGGCUCAUCUGGACGAAGGGCAACAGUGACGAAGGCAAGGGUGUCCAAACGCACCUCAUCGAAUGUUACAAGAGACUCUUCUUUGAAGCUCCUGACAGCUUCAGCCCCAACGAUGCCGCCAAUUACAUUGCGAGGAACAUGAUGAGCUUGACUUUUGGCGCGACCCCUGCCGAACUCACAUCGCUCGAGCAGCUGCUGAGCACCAUGAUGAAGCAAGGCAUGAUCCCAGAUCUUGUCAUUGCCAAGUUGUGGCAGGUGUAUGGUGUGCAGAGGCGGGAGAUCUCUAGGAAGCAAAGGCGAGGUGCCAUCAUUGUGCUGGGCAUGCUCGCCACCGCAAGUCCGGAAAUUGUCGUCGGCGAGAUAGAGACAAUGCUGCGCACUGGGCUUGGAGCUCACGGCCGCGCCGACUUGCAGCUCGCCAAGUACACCUGCAUCGCUCUGCGUCGGAUCAACCCUACUGGUCGCCAAACGAAGGAGUCCACCACCAAGUUCUCCAGGCUGCCAAAUGACCACGCCGUGCUGGUCCGUCUGGCUGCCAUCACCGAGGUGCCUACUGAUAGCAAGGAGUGGUAUGGCGUGGCUGAGCAGGCUAUCAACGCCAUUUACACGCUCUCCAGACACCCAGACGUCCUCUGCUCAGAACUCAUCCGCCGCAAGACGAGGGCCGUCUUUUCUCGCACGAAUUCGCCUGCGGGCUCACAGCCCAGCUCUCGUCCCGCUUCUCGCGACGAGACCCAGCCGGCUCCCAGCCCUUCCUCCCCGGCCGAAGGUGGAGAAGGCGAUCCCACCGUCCCUGCGUCGCAGCAAACGCCUGCUAGCCCGCCCAAGAAAGAUAACAAAAACAACACGGUUGGCCUCUCCCAGCUCCUCUUCAUUGUCGGGCACGUUGCGAUCAAACAGAUCGUGCACCUCGAACUCUGCGAACUCGACUUCAAGCGCCGCAAACAGGAGAAGGAAAAGUCCGCCGCAGCCAACGGCCGGUCCUCUCUCGGCGCAAGCACUUCCAGCCGGCGCUCCGUCUCCCAUGCCAAGGACAAAUCCAAGGUUGGCGACGAGGGCGACGAGCUCGACCUGAUUGGCGGCACGACUGAGGACGACUUUACAGAGGCCAUGGCGCACAUCCGUGAGCGCGAGCUCCUCUACGGCCCCAACUCGCUGCUCGCUCACUUCGGACCUAUGGUCAGCGAGAUAUGCGCCAACAACACCACGUACCGCGACCGCAACCUCCAGCAAGCCGCGACCCUGUGCCUCGCCAAGCUCAUGUGCGUCUCGUCCGAGUAUUGCGAGGCCAAUCUCCCGCUGCUCAUCACCAUCAUGGAGCGCUCCACGGACGCGACGGUGCGCAGCAACGCCGUCAUCGCUCUCGGAGACAUGGCCGUCUGCUUUAACCACCUGAUCGACGAGAACACGGACUUCCUGUAUCGCCGCCUGGCUGACCCGGAGCCCAUGGUCAAGCGGACCUGCCUGAUGACGCUGACGUUCCUUAUCCUGGCCGGCCAGGUCAAGGUCAAGGGCCAGCUGGGCGAGAUGGCCAAAUGUCUCGAGGACGAGGACAAGCGGAUCGCCGACCUCGCGCGCAUGUUCUUUACCGAGCUCAGCACCAAGGACAAUGCCGUGUAUAAUCACUUUGUCGACAUGUUCAGUCUGUUGUCUGCCGAUCGUCGGAUUGACGAAGAGAGUUUCCGGAGAAUCGUUCGCUUCUUGCUCGGGUUUGUGGAGAAGGACAAGCACGCCAAGCAGUUGGCGGACAAGCUGGCCGCCAGACUGCCGCGGUGUGAAAAUGAGCGGCAAUGGAACGAUGUUGCAUUUGCGCUCAGCCUGUUGCAGCACAAGAACGACGACAUCACGAAGCUGGUGUCGGAAGGGUUCAAGGUGGUCCAGGCUCCAGCGUAGAAUGGCUUUUGUUUCAAACCUUCGGUGGUUAGUUGGCGUUGCAACGUGCGUUGCGGGCGUUCGGCGCGGGAGGCUGGCACUGGGGCUAUAUGGUUGUUAGGAUACGGUAAUAGGUCGGGUGGAACUUGUUUCUUCUCUGGUUGUGUUGUGCCGGGUUCUGCUGCAAUUGACAUGAGACACGUAGACGGUAGCAAUGAUCUUCAAGGGCCACAUCCCUUUCUCGAGAGCAUUGAUGCAACUAGAUCUAUCGCCUCUAUACCUACCAUGCCAGCAGAACGGCAAGGGUUGGGAUGUAACACAUAGCACAGAGCACCGCUCCUGUGGUUUUCUGGAUUGAGCAUGUACUACGU